AUGGACUGCAUCCCUGCCUCCGUCAGUGUGUUGCUGCCCCCUGCAGAGCAGGCAGCUGGAGUUUACCACCGUGAAUCACGCAAAGGGAGAUACCAGCUGACGUAUAAAGAGGCCAAAGCUGUCUGCAAGUACGAGGGAGGGUCGCUCGCCACGUACCAACAACUGGAGGCUGCUCGCCAGAUAGGUUUCCAUGUGUGUGCAGCCGGCUGGUUCGACAGAGGCCGCGUUGGUUACCCCAUCGUCAAGGCCGGCGCCAACUGUGGCUUUGGGAAGAUCGGCAUCAUCGACUACGGCUACAGGCUGAACAAGAGCGAGACGUGGGACGUGUACUGCUACAACCCAAACUCUAAAGAGUGUGGCGGCGUGCUGACGGACCAGCAGAGGAUCAUCCAGUCUCCGGGUUUCCCUGAUGAGUAUCAGGAUGAGCAGAUCUGCUACUGGCACAUCAGGGCGCGCCUGGGUCAGAGGAUCCACCUCCACUUCCUGGAGUUCGACGUGGAGGAAGACACGGCGUGUUUGGCAGAUUACCUGGAGGUGUACGACAGCUACGAUGACGUCUCGGGCUUCGCUGGGAGAUUCUGUGGCGAGGAAUUACCUGAUGACAUCAUCAGCACAGGAAACGUGAUGACGCUGAAGUUCCUCUCGGACGCUUCGGUCACAGCCGGAGGUUUUCAGCUUCAGUACGUCGCCACUGAUGCGUCUCUGUUUUCACACAAUAACACACACUACCUGCACUGACCAGGUGACGCAAUGAUGUCAUCCUGUUGCUGUAUGUGUGAUGUCAUCGAUGAACACCUGUACUGUAAUAAUAAAUCUUUAUAGGCUUUUUAAAAAAUGUCCUCACAUUGUUUGAUUUUUAUCAUUGUUAUUUUAUUUACACUUUUUAAACAUUUAAACAAGACUAAACAAAUACAAACAAGGGAUCAGACAUUUAAUUAAAUUAACAAAUAUAUUGAAAUUAAAAUAAAUAAAUAAAUAAAAAGUAUGUGAGGAACAUUUCAAAUUAUGCUCCAAAUACAAUAAAGUUAACUUCACUGAUGUCACUAAGACAACUCAGAGUUUUCUGAUUUUAUUGACUUUAGCUUUAAAACUUAAAUUACCCUUAAUGUUUUUUUAUUUAUUGUAUAUUUAAAUUCUUGCCCUCACACCUCUUAAUUUAUGAACUGCAUGUUUUAUUCGUGUGUUUUUCUCACAAUCCUUCUCCAAUGAUUUAUCUGUAACUGCCCUGUUUUAUUUGUAUGUGCUCUCGUGUUGUCUGUACCUCGACACCGCUGCAUAUGAGGGUUCUCCCUCAUUGUGUCAAAUAAAAUAAACUAUGAUGACUUCAGUAAA